AUGGAUGAUCUUUCUGAAAAUAGUAGUCAAGAUGGCUUCGACAAGGAAACUCACGUCAAAAAAGGUCGCAAAGCGACACGGAUGAAAGACAUACAAACAUCAGACGGAGAAAAGAAACUUGUUACAUUCAAUCGUUAUUUUGAGGCAAACGGGCCAGAUCCAAAAACUAAGAGCAAGUUUAAUAGCUACAUCGCCCUUCUAGGACGUAGCAAAGUCAGCAUCUUGAUACCGGACUGGAGAAAAGUUACUGAUAGGAAUAAAGAGCAAAUUUGGCAAGCUUUAUCGGAGCAGUACGAAUUUCCAGAUAAAGAGAAAUUGAGAAAGAGAGUGUUUUCACGUGCUGGGGAUGGUUGGAGGGCUUUCAAAACUAAGCUCAGUAGAGAAUACAUAUUUGGAGAAAAGAUUGGUUUGCUCCCGUAUGAUGAUGGUUACCCUUUUCUGGAUGCAGACACUUGGAAGGCUUUUGUUGUGUCCCGUCAAACUCCUGAAUUCUUGGAAAUCAGAAAAAAGGCUCAGGAGUCACAAUCAUAUAAUCUAAAUCCGCACAUAUUAUCUCGUGGAGGCUACUGGCUUUUGAUGCAGAAGAUUAUGGACGAAAAAUAUAGGGCAAGAAAAGAGGCCUCCACUGAUCCGUCCGAAAUUAUUCCACCUCCAUCUCCUCCUUCUCGUCAUGAAUUAUGGAAAAGAGCUCGUAUAACAAAGAAAGGAGAUUAUGUCUCAAAGGAAGCCAAAAUUGUUGCUGACAAAAUUGAUUCUUUAGAAGAACAAUGCACUCAGGGCAGUUUCAAACCUGUUGGGAGAAACGAUAUACUCGCAACAGCGUUAGGAAAGCCGGAGCAUCCCGGGCGUGUGAGGGGAGUGGGGAAGGGUGUUGGGAUCAAGGACUUCUUUGGGCCAUCGAGUUGUUCAAGUGUAGGGAAAGAUAUGGUCUCGCGAGAUGAGAUGGAAACUAUCAUUAGUCGUAGGAUUGACGAAGUGAAAGACGAAUGGAAAAAUGAAAUAAUGAUGAUGAUCGGCAAAAGCUCUUCGAUUGCCCAUAGUCCUAAUUCUCCGAGGAUCCAAAGCACUACAGAGAGUUGUGCUCCAAAUGUGUUAUCAUUGGAUGAACUUAACGAGGAUAAAGAAUGCGAGUUGUAUGUGGAGAACCCAAAAAAAAUUCUGGUUGCAUACGGACGUAUCCAUAACCUUGGGCCAACCAUUCACCACAAGAAGAUGAAUGAGGAUGAAGUGAGGGUUGUCGUGUCACGUGUAGUCGUUGGAGAUGCGCUCGUGCCAUGCCCGACAGAGGAGGUCACAACUGUAGAAGAAGCGCCAAAUAACUUCAUUACUUGGCCUCGUAGGUUGGUUAAAGGUGCAAAUACUAAGGUAAUUAAAAAUACUUACAAUAGUAUCUUUCUGACUCUAUAG